GUGUUUUUUUUCUAUCGUCAUGCCGUCCUCUCUUCUUCGUCUCUCCGUGGUUUGUGCUUUAGCCGUCUUUUUACGGUUAUCUGCAGCGAAACGGAGACAUGAGAGAAGAAGAAGACGCCUGCGCCAGCUGCUGCUGCUGGUGGAUCAGUUUAUGACAGUUCAUCCAGCAUCAUACUGCAGACUGAACCACCGCGUUCCCAUCCUCCGCUUGUGGUUUGACGUCGAGUCUGAGUUGAAGCAGGAUUUCCACCUGAGCAGAAGAGCCAUGCACGCCCUGCAGAGGCUCCUGCAGAAGGACCAGGACCACGGCUGGGGGAACGAGCUGGAGGUCCUGAUCUACAUCUAUUGGCUGGCUCAUGGACUGUCCUACCGUGUUGUAUCUGGGGUUUUCAACGUACCAAGAUCCACAGUCCACCGCAUCAUCCACAAGGUUGCACAGAGGAUAUGGCUGCACCUCAGUCUGGCCAUUUCUUUCCCCCGUACUGAAGAUCUUCACCAGGUUGGACGAGGAUUUGUGGAUCAGUCUGGCUCAACGGUGUUCAAUGAAGUUGUGGGUGUGAUUGACAGCACACAUAUUAGAAUCAAAGCUCCCCAAAGGCACCAGUGUGAUUAUCUGAAUGAGAAGGGUUUUUAUUCAAUAACCAUGCAGGCCAUCUUUGAUUCCAAUGGAAGGUUCCUAGACAUCUUCGUUGGUUACCCAGGAUCUGUUCCUGAUGCAGGAAUCAUGAGGAACAGCAGCUUUUACCAGGCGAGACGCUACCCUCCAACUAGUUACAUCCUUCUGGGUGAUGAAAGCUACCCCUGUUUGGACUCCCCGAUCCGUCUGAUCACGCCUUACACAGAACCCGUCAAUGGACAACUACAAGAACUCUUCAACUAUCACCACUACAAAGCCCGCAGAGUGGCUGAGAGGGCUUUUGGAGCGAUGAGGACACGAUGGAGGGCUACUCUUUCAAACACCAUGGAGGUUAAACCAGCGUUCGCGUCCCAGGUUGUUUCAUCGUGCGCUUUUUUGCACAACGUGUGUCUGGACAAUGGGGAUGUUCUGGAACAGGACGAUGAAACCGCACACGAUGCUCUCGACUUCCUCCUUCCUCCUCAGGAGCUCCUGACAGAUGAGAAAUCUGGAAUCCCAACCAGAGACAGACUGGCUGCCAAGAACAUGUCAGUACUCCAGGAAUGAAUCAGUUUCUGCUGUUUAAAAGCAACUUGACUUCUUGGUGGCAGUAUAUAUGGACCAUACUUUCUUGGAAGCUUAAGGUUACCAUCUCUAAACCUAUAGGAUAUUAUCCUGUACUUACAGGUAACUUUCCUGUAACUCAUAGGUAACGUCUAGAAAGAAUUCACAGCUCCCUGUACUAACAGGUCGCAACCCA